AUGGAAACCAAAGUGCCUUUUUUCCUCUAUUUUAUGGUUGAAAACCACCCUGACAUCAAGGCCUUCACGAGCAUGUUGUGUAAUCAGGUGGACCAGACUAAUAACCGGCUCAAAGACUCAAACCUCGGGGAGUGUUAUCAAGAGUUUGGGAAAGAUGCAGGGUUGGCGAUAAAGUUGGGGUUGGUGAACUGCUUGGAAGAGCCAGGUUUAAUGGAAAGGUUCAAAAUCGAACCCAAAAUGUUCCCUUUUAUUUAUUUUAUCCUGAAAAAACUAUUCUGCGACCGGCUCGCCGGUAUUGUUUCUGAAGCACAGGUCAAAGAGUCCAUUGAGGCGUUUAUCGACUACGCCAAGGCGGAGGCCCAAAGCGAAAAGGAAGGUCAAUCGUUUCAAAAAGUAAAGCGAUCGGACGAUGAUGAUGAGAAUGCCAUGACGCUGCUUAGUGCGGCGAUUAAAUGCUUACAAAAAAAAGAUCUUUUAAAGGCGAAGGAGCUGUACAACAAAUCGCUGGACAUGUCCAGAAAGGAGAUCGAAAUCGUCAAUAAAAGGUACGGCGUUGGGCGGAAAAAAAUGACGGCGGAGAUGUCGGCGAGUUUAAAACGUGAGGCCUGCUAUAAUAGCGCCCCUCAGGCGAUGUGCGGGCUGGCGAUGGUUGCCGCGGCCCAAUAUGACAACGUAAAGGCCAUGGAUAUUGUUCAGCGUGUGCGGGAUGAAUUUCCUUUUUCCGUAAAAGACCUGCGCACGGUCGCCGAAGCGGUGGUCAGAAUCGAGCUCUUAUACAUUGCAGACUACGAUAUGCGGAAGGAUAGUUAUAUAUCGCUUCUCAAGUACGAUAAUCUCGUCGGGAACCCCGUGACGUUUUAUAAAAAUCGUCUUAAAUUGGUCGUGGCGUUCAUCCUCGACGGCUACAACGCCCAAGCAAUCGAGGAAUGUUUGAAGAUCAUCCGCUCCGAGCACAAACUUCUACCAGAACUGAAGGAAGGUGGAUACUUCCCAGAGAACUUUGUUUUAGGACCCACGGCGGAAACCCCUGGGCGCAAAAUGAUAUUGAAGAUCUUUGAGCUCUUAGGAAGCACGAAUGAGCAUGUCAUAAAAGGACGGAAACUCUUACAACUCUAUAUCUAA